AUGGGCUUCUACAACACGUCCAUCGCCUCCGUCGUGCUCUUCAAGUGGCAGACGACCUGCGCCGCCUCAUCGACGCCGGCCGAGACGGCACCGCCCACGGGCGCAGACUGCCUCGCGGCAACGCUCCUCGCAACGCUCUCCCGCUCCGGCUCGUCCAACGAGCAGCAGCAGCAGCAGCAGCAGCAGGCCCUGCACGUCUGGGUCCUCAACAGCAACAUCACCUACGCCUCGAGCCUCCGGCCCGCCGCCGGCCCCCGCUCCGCCCUCAAGCUCCUCUACAAGCCCAUCGCCGUCGCGCAGGCCGACGCCAUGCUCGCGUCGUUCGCCCUCGACGUGCAGGAGGUGACCUUUCCCGCCGCCGUCAUCGCGGCUGCCGCGCGCGGGUUCGAGGCCAGCGCCCUGCUCCUGCCUGCCGGCGAGAGGCUGUUCCACGGCUGGCGGGUGGCCCUGCUUGACAAGUGGGUGGGCUGA